CGAUUCAACCGCCAACUAACUUACGAAUUGCUAUGUCACGCUAAGUAAGUUUAAGAGCUCUUUAAUUAAUGAUCGUGUGUUUCUUUUGUCCACGGGAGCGCAUGUGAACGGAUAUAUGAUAUGAGAAGGCAGCGUACGGUGUUCUGGAGGGAAAUCUGUAGCGUAAUUUGUGCGUGUAUGUUAUUAUUGUAUUGCUAACGCUGAACAGUGAAGCCUCAUGUUUUCGUCAAGCCAAGAGGAGUACUGCGCCCCGUCCAAAGAUCCAAUCAAAUACGGGGAGCUUGUGGUACUAGGGUACAAUGGCUCACUACCCAAUGGAGACCGGGGGAGACGGAAAAGCAGAUUCGCACUGUACAAGAGGACCAAAGCCAACGGUGUUAAGCCAAGCACGGUGCACAUCCUCAACACACCCCAGGCCUCCAAGGCUGUUAACAGUAAAGGCCAGCACAGCAUCUCCUACACACUGUCCAGGAACCAGACAGUAGUUGUGGAGUACAGCCAUGACAAAGACACAGACAUGUUUCAGAUUGGGCGUUCCACAGAGAGCCCCAUAGACUUUGUGGUGACAGACACUGUAGCAGGAGGCCAGGAGGGUGAAGAGACCCCUAUCACUCAGAGCACCAUCUCGCGCUUUGCCUGUCGUGUGGUCUGUGAGCGGAACCCUCCCUACACCGCCCGCAUCUAUGCCGCCGGCUUUGACUCCUCCAAAAACAUUUUCCUUGGGGAAAAAGCUGCAAAAUGGAAGAACCCUGAUGGUCACAUGGAUGGCCUGACAACUAAUGGUGUACUUGUUAUGCACCCAAAAGGGGGUUUCACAGAAGACUCUAAGCCCGGCGUCUGGAGAGAGAUCUCAGUGUGUGGAGAUGUGUAUACUCUGAGAGAGACCAGAUCAGCACAAACCCCUGGGAAGCUGGUUGAACAUGAGAGUAACAUUCUUCAGGAUGGCUCACUCGUGGAUCUGUGUGGAGCUACACUCCUCUGGCGUACAGCAGAAGGCCUUUUCCACACUCCCACACAGAAACACUUGGAGGCUUUGAGACAGGAGAUCAAUGCGGCGCGUCCCCAGUGCCCCGUGGGGCUGAACACCUUGGCCUUCCCGAGCAUGCAGCGCAGCCGUGCACUCUCCUGUCUGGAGGACAAGCAACCCUGGGUCUACCUGGCCUGUGGCCACGUUCACGGCUACCACAACUGGGGCCACCGCUCAGAGCAGGAGCCCAACACCCAGCGGGAGUGCCCCAUGUGUCGUAUGGUGGGGCCCUAUGUGCCGUUGUGGUUGGGCUGUGAGCCUGCCUUCUACGUGGACACGGGAGCCCCCACACACGCUUUUGUGCCCUGUGGACAUGUGUGUUCAGAGAAGUCGGUCAAGUACUGGUCUGAAAUCCCACUGCCUCAUGGAACCCAUGCCUUCCACGCAGCCUGCCCCUUCUGUGCCACCCAGCUCAGCCUCCCUCAGGGCUGCUCCAAGCUAAUCUUCCAGGGCCCUGUGGACUGAGGCCUGCUCUGGCUCAAGGACUUAAUACAAGUGCCAACAUGCUGUGAAACUCUUUAGAAUAUUUAGUGCUUUCUAUUGUUUGUGUAAGCCGGGCAGUGGAAAGACUGUCUCAAGUUCGGGUCAUAUACUGUGGAUCAUGCACAACAGAGCCAUUAGACUGUGGUUGGGUGAAAGGCCGCUGUGGGAUCCAGACAAGUGGAGUACACUGGACCACGAUGCCUGGCUCAUUUAUAAUGAAAUACUGUUUCAGCUCUGGCAAACCAAUCACUUGGAACAGUGCUAGUUAAACUACAUUUACUGCUGGUUUUCAAUCACGGAGUGCCAGAUUACAGUGGUGGUACAGAGAGAGCAGUGAGCAGGUGUAGUUCUGCUUUGUAAGGGUGAAAACAUGGCCAUGGCUUUAUAGUGGAGUUCCCGGUGAGUGUGACACUAGUUAAGUUUAUACAGAGCCUGACAGCUGGACUGUUGGCUGUGACAAAAGCCAGGAGACGAGACUCAGACUCACCCAUGGAUCCAAAAUACAAAACAAGGAGGACUCAUGUACAGAGAUUUAACCAGUGCCUCAAUCUUUUCUAAUAUUACAGAGAUAUUUUGUUCAAAGCAGAUAGAUUUUCAUACUGAUGAUACAAGGAACACAGAGAUUCUCUGCAUUUUUACCAGACAGAGGAGCUAUUACUAAAUGGAGCCCCUUGUACUGUUUUGUAAUGCAAAUGUUAAUAUAUAUUUUUCUGCAUAAAUAAUGUGAGUGAAUGUUUAAAUGUGUGGGUUUGACUGAGUGGGCAGCCAGCGUCAUUUCACAACAAUAUACCCUCUCAUCCAACCCCCAACUGACAAAGAAACUAAACAGGACUCUAUUGUGAUUAGAUGAUGAUGAUAUACUGAAAUACAAAUCUUCCUACAGGUGGCGCUGUUGCCAUUCACACCCUUUCUAUGCACAUGUAACUAUCAGAACCCCCACCCGUUCCCACGUAUUGUAUUCAAUCUCCACUGUUGUUAGCUUUAUUACAUAGUGAGGCUAAUCCAAUGGCAAACCUGAGCUCUGUCUCACCAGCUUCCUGAGAUUAUACCAAAUAUAAAAAUGGCUUGUUUCUUCCCCAUUCAACAUGCAACAACCACCUUUUUCUGCGAUCCAAAGUGUCUUCCUGUAAACAAUCUUGAACCCAACUGCUGCUACAGUGGAACGGUGACAGCUCCGGAUUACCGUCCAGGCUGUGAGGAUGCACAACCCAGCUCCAUGGGAAUAAUAUUAUUAUCACUUGCAAUGCCAAGAUGGGUUGAUUCAACUGUGUGAGAAUGAGUGGAGUUGUCCAAAAAAUGUAGAGUUGAAUAGAAAGUGUGUCAAAGAAUCUGGGACUGAUCAUAGGAUUCUUAUCAGGCUAGCACACCACAUAUGUUUGUGAUGGCACUGGUUAGCAUUAGCAUAACUCUAAAAGUACUGUUUGAUUGAAUUACAUUUUCAGGAGAGGUCAGCUAUGGGUAAAGAUAGAAAUGUUUACUUUGUGGUUUAGAAGCCAUGUGAAUGUAGGACUUUGUGAAAAAAAACAUUGUACCAUCAGAUACAAGGCCAAAGAUAUUAAAAGAUACCAAAAGCUACUUAAAGUGGGACUAAACACCUAAAUUCCUCCCACAAGUACAUUUUAAAUAGAGCUGCCAAUAUGGGACAGAACAGAACAGUGUGAUUGGUCUAACAGGUCCCUGCAGCCAGAUGUAAUCCAGGGGUGUAAUCAGAAACACUUGACUUUAAUCACGCCAGUACUGUGUGAUGUCACAUAGUACUUGAAAUUGCAAUGGCCAUUGAAGGCACAGUUAGAGCACACUUAAAGUUUUUGACUAGAAAGCCGGUUUACCUUGUUUGCACUGAAAUGGCAAAGAAGGACCAGGAACAGUACACAGUAUGAUUAAAAUACCAUACACAGAGUUAAGUAGACAAAAGUUGAUUUAGUGUUUAGUUCCACUUUAAGCCUAGUAAACAGCAAACAAGUAGAUGUUGAAGAUACACGUACUUCGAGCCCUUAUAAUAUAUGAUGAUCCCAAGACUCAAUAAUGGAUCAUGUCGCUACAAAUCUGCCCUCUUUGUGUGUUGAUGGUUUCUGAUGCAUUAAUACGUUUGUUAUGAAGUAAAAAUCUUACACUUUCAAAAGGACUGUAACGAAGCAUGAAAGAUCUUAACUAUAACUAAAUUGUAUAGUUUAGUUAGGAGUGCUUUUUGAUGUAGUGUGAGUGGCGUGCAGGUCAAGUGCACAGCCACGUUGUCCUGUAGCAUUCCCUCUUGAACACUGUGCUGCUUGAGACAGCUCUAGAACAGCUGCCGGAGGAGCUGCCUGUCUAACAUUCCUCUUUGGUAAACAUGGGUGGGGCUCUCCGCUCACACAAGGCCUUGUUCUGUGAUUCUGUCUCCCUCAAGAACUCUGUACUCAAGCCAUAGAACUCACUGAUGCUCCCGAUGCCUCCUUUGCAAAGAAAUAAAGUAUUUUUAAAAGUA